AAAAAAGAAAGGAAAAACCCUGGCAUAGGGUUUAUCAUAACCUCUGUUUGAAUAUUCUGUUUCUUCUCAGCUAUGAGAAGCCCCCCACAAAAGCUAGAGGGAGUUGUUCUGGAUAUGUCUACGAGUAAGAGCGGCUCCAUGGACUCUCUUAUGGCUUCACUCUCAACGAGUUUCGGGAAAGUGCCUCCAGUGGCUGUUCCAGCGAUGUUGGAUUGCAUAUUGGCUUCCACUGGCGUACCUCCAUCGUCUCUCUUCGCUUCCCUUCUCGACGCUUUCCCUAAUCUCAUUAAGGAUAUUAUCGAGGAGGAUGAGAAGUUGGGUCGUGAUCGGUGUAAAUAUCUUACAUCGUUGGUGGGUGCACUUUGUCACCUUCUAAAAAAACUUGGGGCCAAUGAUAAUGCUUUGCAAUCAUUUAUGUCGAGAAGUUUUAUUCCUUUGUUGAAGCUGGUACAUGCAUCUGACCGUGAACUGCUUAACCAGAUUGGCGAAUUGUUCAUCAAUGUUGUGAUUGAGACUAAUUCCUGGGUUGUUGUGGAAGAAAACUUGGUGCCAUUUUUUGUUAGAUUUGUUGGUCUUUCUACGGGUAUGCUUCAACACAAAGAGUCAGAUGCCUUCGAAUGUGCAGUUUUCAAAGGUUUAAAUGACCUGAGAAAUGUUGUGGGUGUGGUAAAAGAACACAUGCUUUCUCCAUCUGGACCCUUCCCACUACCAAUAUCGUGUCAUAUUCUAACCUUAAUGCUGGAUGCUUCCCUUCAAAGCUUGCAAUCUGCUUCAAUCUCAGAAUUGAUUGUGGCAAAUGAUUAUUAUGCAGAGAAGUUUGCUGCUAAUUUAAUUUGGGAUCUUUGUAAUUUGACUGAACGACUGCUUCUACAAAGUUUGGAACACCGCUCCUGCACGAUUCACUUUUUUCUCCCAAUUAUUUUCAAAGCAUUUGUUUCAUAUCGGUCUUUUGAAAUCUCAGUUCAUGGGCAGAAACAAAUACUUUUGAGGAAGAGUUUCCUUGAGAAAAUUUGGAAGUGCUGCAGAACACUGUUUUCUCUUGGACCUUUAGAGAGAAGAGAUGCCUAUAAUGUACUCUCCAUGUAUUUCUCUUCUCUUCCUUGUACAGAACAAUGUGAUGUUGCUGACACAAGUUUGAGCAAGGAAGAAUUCGACAUAAGAUCUGAAAAAGAAUUUUGGGAAGAAAUUAAAAGAGGAUUGGUUGAUAAGGAGGGACUGGUGAGGAAGCAGUCGUUACAAAUGUUGAAGAAUGUACUUCCUAUUAAUGGAGGAAGCCAACCCUCUUCUGGUGUGUCAGACACGAAAUUGUGUGAAAGGUCAAUCCCUCGUGGUAUGACAAAGAGGGAGCUGUGGGCUGACAAGGAAGCCAAGUCUAUGGGUAUUGGAAAAAUCAACAAAUCAGCCGAUCAAAAUUUGAACAGCCACCAGCAGUGGGAGGCAUUCAUACUAUUAUAUGAGAUGCUUGAAGAGUAUGGUACUCACUUGGUUGAAGCAGCAUGGAAUCAUCAGGUAUCAUUGUUGCUUCAAUUCUCUAUGUCACAUGUUAAUUUUGCAAGCCUUGUGGAUGGAAUCCAUCGAAACCAGUGUGAAAUCAUGGGUGAAAUCUUUAAUUGGUUAUCGAUUCUUUGGGAACGAGGCUUCUGUCAUGAUAAUCCUCAAGUUAGGUGCUUGAUUAUGCAGUCAUUUCUGGGAAUUGAGUGGAAGAAUUAUGGAAACUCUGCAAAAUCCGUGCCUGAAACUUUUGUUCUUGGUCCAUUCAUCCAAGCGUUGAAUGACCCUGUGCACCACAAAGAGUUUGGUGUAAAAGGAGUCUAUUCAUCCAGGAUAAUUGAGGGUGCAGCCCAGUUUUUUCACCAAUACACAAGUUGCCUCAACGAGAGGAACCGAAUUGCAUUUUUGAGCAAGCUAGCAUCAGCUGCUAAGCAGCAAUCUUUCAGUAGAGCUGGAUUGAUGGGUCUUGCAGAAUGUAUUGCCUUAGCUGCUUGUAGAAAUGACAGUGAAGCAGAUUGGUGUGAAGAUGCUUUUCUUGACAUGGCCAAUGUGGAAAUUUCUUCAGAAAAUUUUCUACAACAUGAUAAAGCAACUUUACUCGAUAUUUUGAGAUUUAUUAUAGAGAGCAGCAGACAACAUUUCAAUCCUAAUUAUCGCUUUCGAGUUUGUGACAAAGUCCUUGAGGCUGCUGCUUCAGUAGUAUGUGUGUUUGAAGUGCCCCUGGAGAUACUUUUGCACUUCAUUUCAACAUUGCCACGAGAAUUAACUGACUAUGGUGGUUCCUUAAGAGUAAAGGUACAAGAAUGGCUUUCAGGGUGUGGUAAGAAGCAUUGUAGUUCAAGAUGCUACAAUACUGAUGUGAAGCUUUUGAAGAGUCUUCAUGAGUUCCCCAAAAAGUUCACAAGUUGUCAUUGUCUGGUUGAUGAUUUUCUUAUAUAUGAUGAUGAAGACUUGGAUGCAUGGGAAUUUGAAAUAAAACGAUGGGCAAGAGUGCUUUUCCUUGCAAUCAAGGAGGAACAUCAUUUAAUACCUAUAUUAAAGUUUAUUCAAAAUCAUGGUGCGAGUAUUUGCUAUCAAAACAAUGAUAUGGAGUGGAUACCUGUGAAGUUUCUCAUCCUUACCCUGAGUUUGGUUCAUGAGCUUCAAAUAAUGCAUGAAAGAGCUGCUGAAUAUGGUAUUGAAGUUCAAAGAAGAUCAGAAUUUAGCUCAUCUGAGACACUGUUUCUAUUGAAUUAUGGAGAAGUAGCCAUUGUAAUUGAGAAUUUCACUGAGAUUUUUCUUCUUAUAUUGGAGGAACUAGUCUCAUUUGCAAACCUGUCUUGUUCCAUAUAUUCGUCCAGCACAGUGAUAGAUGAUAUGGAUCUGCCUAGUUCUGUGAGAGGAAAACUUGGAGGCCCUAGUCAACGCCGGUUGUCAUCUUCCACCACCGCUGCUGUGCUGCAAGCUGUAACAGCCGUGAAGUCUGUUGCAGCUAUCUCAUCAUGGUGUGCAAAAUUUAAAAGUGAUGUUCUGCUAAAUUUUGCUUCUAGCUUUUUGUGGAAGUUCUUCUUGAAGACUGUUUCAUUUCCAUCUUGUGAUUCAGAGACUGGAGCAGAAAUCUCUGUUGCAGGAUAUGAAGCAUUAGCUCCUGCUCUCAGAGCGCUAGCGUCUGUGUUUUCUCCUCAAAUUUUGGAUACUAUUAGGGAAAAUAAAUUCCUUCUACUUAAACUAGAAGGCACACCUCUAUUAGAUUCCUUGGCCCUUUCUUUUCUUCAAAACAUCAAUAAUCUUCUUGCAGUUGGGGUUUUGGCAAGGACACGCCGAGCAGUUCUACUGAAUUGGAAGUGGCUGUGUCUGGAAUCUCUUUUGUCAAUUCCAAGCCAUGCUGAUGUGAGUGGGCUUCAUUUAGAGGAAGGUAACUGUGUUUACUCAGAAGCUGCUCUCAGAUUGAUCUUCACUGACCUAGUCGAGAGCCUUGAGAAUGCCGGGGAAGACUCUGUUUUAUCCAUGCUGAGAUCAGUCAGAUUGGCUUUGGGGCUUUUUGCUAAAGGAACUUUGCAUUCAGUUAUUUCCUCGUGCAAUGGUGUGGAUGUCCAGAUGAUGUGGCGUUUGGUUCGUUCCUCUUGGAUAUUGCAUGUCAGCUGCAACAAGCGGAGGGUUGCACCUAUUGCCGCUCUUCUCUCCUCUGUUUUGCAUUCAUCCAUGUUUGGUGAUGAGAACAUGCAUGUAACUAACAAAGCGCCCGGGCCUCUGAAGUGGUUAAUUGAAAAUAUUAUAGAGGAAGGCAAAAAAAGUCCUCGUACAAUUCGUCUUGCAGCUUUACACUUGACUGGGCUUUGGCUCUCAAUUCCCAGGACUAUUAAGUACUACAUUAAAGAGCUCAAACUACUCUCUCUUUAUGGUUCUGUUGCUUUUGAUGAGGAUUUUGAAGCUGAAUUGCAAGACAACUUUGAUGCGAAGACUGAAGUGUCAUUAUUGGCAAAAAGUGCCGAUCCUGAGCUGACUGAAGUAUUUAUCAACACAGAAUUGUAUGGACGUGUUUCUGUUGCUGCUCUGUUUUACAAGCUAGCUGACUUGGCUGAUAUGGUGGGAUCAACAAAUGAAACUGAAGAUUGUCUUGCUGCUUUGGAGUCUGGAAAGUUAUUUCUGUUAGAGCUGCUUGAUUCUGUGGUAAAUGACAAGGACCUUGCAAAGGAGUUGUAUAAAAAGUACAGUGCGAUCCACAGGCGCAAAAUACGUGCUUGGCAGAUGAUAUGUGUCUUAUCACGAUUCGCUUGUGAAGAUAUAGUGGGCCAAGUUAUACAAAGCUUGCACACAUCCCUCUGUAGAAACAACUUGCCUGCUGUCCGCCAAUACCUAGAGACAUUUGCAAUCAAUAUUUACUUGAAGUUUCCUUCACUGGUUGUGGAGCAAUUAGUUCCUAUAUUACGAGAUUAUGACAUGAGGCCUCAGGCACUCUCAUCGUAUGUAUUUAUAGCAGCUAAUGUCAUCCUCCAUGCGUCUGAAGCAUUUAAAUUCAUGCAUUUGGAUAACCUACUUCCACCUAUAGUUCCAUUGUUGACGUCACAUCACCACAGCUUACGUGGUUUUACCCAGCUACUUGUAUACCAAGUUCUUUGCAAACUGUUUCCUACAUUGGAUUCUGGAGACUCUCAGAUCAUAGCUUUAGAGAAAAGAUGCUUUGAAGAUUUGAAAUCAUACCUUGCAAAGAAUUCUGAUUGCGUGCGCUUGCGAGCAUCGAUGGAAGGAUAUCUUGAUGCCUAUAAUCCCAAAAGCUCUGUCACUCCAGGAGGAAUUUUUAUCAAUCGGGUUGAGGAACUCGAGUUUGAAUGCGUACCAGUAUCCCUUAUGGAGCAAGUGCUUACCUUUUUAAAUGAUGUCAGAGAAGACCUUAGAUGUUCAAUGGCCAGGGAUGUGGUAAUCAUCAAGAAUGAGAGCUUGAGAGUUGAAGAAGAACUUGACCGCAUGGAAAUAUCAUCUAAUGUCCAAGAACAAAAGCUGCUUAGCCUGCAGCCUUGUUUAGAUUUUCAAAAGAAGGUUACUCUCUUGAAACGUGAGAAGAAAGACGACAAUGUCACUUCCUUCUUUGGCAACAAGGAAACAAACGGACAAAUUUUUGAAAUGGAAAAGGAUGACCUGCUUCUAGAUCAGUUGUUGCAGUCUAGAAGUCUAGCUAUGGAAAGAAUAAGAGCUAGUCGGCAACCUUUUAUCUUAGUAGCAUCACUGCUUGAUCGUAUACCUAACCUAGCUGGGUUGGCACGGACAUGUGAGGUAUUUAAGGCAUCAGGAUUGGCCAUUGCAGAUGCAUCCAUAUUACGUGAUAAACAGUUCCAGCUUAUCAGUGUGACAGCAGAGAAGUGGGUUCCUAUCAUAGAAGUUCCUGUGAAUAGUGUGAAGGUCUUCUUGGAGAAAAAGAAACAAGAAGGCUUCUCUAUACUGGGAUUAGAGCAAACAGCAAAUAGUAUACCUCUUGACCAGUAUACCUUUCCCGCAAAGACAGUCCUCGUCCUCGGCCGUGAAAAGGAGGGUAUACCUGUUGAUGUAAUACACGUUUUGGAUGCUUGCAUUGAGAUUCCACAACUGGGGGUUGUUAGAUCUCUCAAUGUUCAUGUCAGUGGUGCCAUUGCUCUCUGGGAGUAUACUCGGCAGCAAAGAUCCCAAUAGAUCUUCAUUUAAACACAUUUUUGUCCACCAUACCCUGAGAUGUUCUUCAUCAAAUAACUCAGCUGCAUAUGAUUUACAGGCUGCGUAUGUUGUCGUCAGUGUAUUGCAGUCAUAUUAUUUGACAUGCGAGUAUCUAUAAUUAGACUGUUGUCACAAUCUAGCCAUUUCUUUUGUUGAUGAAUAAGGUGUGGGUUAAACAUUUUUUGUUGAGGAAUAAGAUGUGGGUUAAACACUCUUUGUUGAGUAAUAAGAUGUGGGUUAAACAUGGUAGAAUGAAGGGAAAUGUCAUUAAAUUCCA